AUGGCUAAAAAAUUGACCGUGGCACCAAUGAUCUCCAAUGGAGAAAACCUUAAAAUAGAUGUUUAUAAAAUUCAUGAGAUUCUUCUGCCUACUCCUUCUGAUCCUGAGCUGCAGCCAGAAGAAAUCUGGACCAUCCUAUGGAAAAGAGUGUUGGAAGUACACAGGGAGCAGAGGCCUGAGGCGUGGGGGUUUCCCUGCGCAGUGAUGCCCGGGAUGGGGGCGUUGCUGGCCGCAGCCGUUCUCCCGUUCCUCGUCCUCUCCGGACAUUGGGCUUCAGCUGAGAACAUCAACUUCUACAACAUCAGGCCUCCACUAGACCCCACUCCAUUCCCAAACAGUUUCAAGUGCUUUACCUGUGACAACGCGGUGGACAACUACAACUGCAACAGAUGGGCUGAAGACAGGUGGUGUCCUGAAAGCACUCGGUACUGCCUGACCGCUCACCUCUUCACGGCGCGCGGGGAGAGCACCUCGGUCACCAAGAGAUGUGCCACGGGCGAGGAGUGUCACCUGGUGGGGUGCCACCGCCGCGGGGACAGCGGCCACACGGAGUGUGUUUCCUGCUGCGAAGGCAUGAUCUGCAACGUGGAGAUCCCCACCAACGCCACCAACGCGGUGUUCGCCGUGCUGCAGGCGCGCAGGACGGCCGCGGGCAGCCGCGCCCUGCCCAGCCUGCUGGCACUGGUGACACUGGUGGCACUGGUGACAAUGGCACUGUCCUGACACAGCACCCCCAGACAGAGCUGCUGGGACA